CCGCCCCUCCGGCCGUCCUCUCCGCGCUCCUGUCCUCCGCCACUCUCUGUGGGAUUCUCAUCCUGUUUGCACAAGUGACAGUGUUGCCGCUGUGAGACGCUGCGACCAUGGCUGCUACUGGAACUUUCCGCAUGGUGUCCGAGGAGGAGCAGGCCAUGAGGUCAAAGCUGGAGCACCUGACAGUGAAGGACCACGGGCCAGUGUUUGGACCGUGCCACAAACUUCCAGGCCACACUGUCCAAAAGGCAAAGGAUGAGCUGCAUGAGACGAAUGAAAGACGAGGGUCAUCCCUGAAAGAUCUGCGGGCCAUGAUGGAGGAGAGGGCGUCAGAGGGAGACGACCUGGCCAAACUGGUGCUGGACCGCUUCGGGGACAAACCGGACUCGCUGCUGGUCCGCUUCCUCCGAGCACGAAAGUUUGACGUCACCAGAGCCCAUGAGCUCAUGAAGGGUUAUGUGCGCUUCAGGAAGGAUUACCCCGAGCUGUUUGAGAACCUCACCCCCGAGGCGGUCCGCAGCACCAUCGAGGCAGGCUACCCGGUGGUUCUGCCCAGCAGAGACAAAUAUGGCCGCGUGGUUCUGCUCUUCAACAUCGACAGCUGGGACCUGGAGGAGAUCACCUUUGAUGAGGUGCUGAGAGCCUAUUGCGUGAUCCUGGAGAAGCUGCUUGAAAACGAGGAGACUCAGAUCAACGGAUUUGUCCUGAUUGAGAACUUUAAAGGCUUCACCAUGCAGCAUGCCUCGGGAAUAAAGACUGCUGAGCUCAAAAAGAUGGUGGACAUGCUGCAGGACUCCUUUCCUGCGCGCUUCAAGGCGGUCCAUGUCAUUCACCAGCCCUGGUACUUCACCACGACCUACAACGUGGUCAAACCCUUCAUGAAGGCCAAGCUGCUGGAGAGGGUCUUUGUUCACGGUGAAGAGUUGGAAGGCUACUUUAAAGAAUUUGAUGCAGACAUCCUGCCGUCAGAUUUUGAAGGAAAAGCCCCAGUGGCCGACUAUCAAGGCAUCGCAACCCAACUCUUUGGCUCCGAGGACACUGCGCUCUGAAAGAACAUUCCCACGUUUUUUAACUGAAGCAUGUUGCAGAGGUCAGUCUGCAGAUAAGACUAAAGUAUAAAUAGAGGGGAAAUGACGCCUAGAUAUCAUGGAGAAUAAUUCUUACAUUUUGUUUAUACUGCAAGGCACUGGUUUCAUUAUGUGUUGUUGAGUCGGGGAAGGAAAGCUACAUGGGGGCAUCAUGUUUCAAACAAUCAGAUGAAUUUGGUUUGAUUUAAAUGUGGGAUGCAUAAGGCUAAACCUGGAUAAAAUUAAUCCUGGGUGCAGAAGUGUCCGUCUUUCAGAUUUUUGUGCUUUGCAAUAAUCAGUUGGACUUUAUGAAUAUUAUUCCUUCUAACACGGGAGUGGAUUUGCCUUAGUUCAGUGUGGCGCCUUCAGAAAAUGUCUGUUCAUCAGCAGUCAUGUUUUCACUGAAGCAAACUUCUUUCCUCAUCUGUUGUUUUUUCUUCCAUUGAGCUGAAGAAAAAAAAACUUGCUCCAAGACACGUCUAUAGUUCUGUAAAAGUUAGGUUGUUGAAAUCUGUUAACCUUGUAUUUCAUUUAACUUGAGUGUAGCAAUAAACUCAGUUUACACCAAGA